UACUUUCUUGCAAAGUGCGCAAAGGUGCGAACUUUAUAGCUCCAAGCUAUAGCUCGCCUCUCCUUCCCGUCUCUCUCCGACACAUCCGAUUCUCUCAACUCGAGUCGCUCGAGAUUGGUACCGUCCGCCGCCGCCGCAUCCGGCGCUCCGAUCGACGGCAGCCGUGAACCGCCGCAUUCCGAAUCGGGAUCCCCCGUGCCGCGGGCGGUCGCCGAUCGUCCUACCGAGCUCGAACUGUGGGAUUCGUCUGAAGAAGCAGGAGCCGCCGCCGCCGCCGCCGCCGCCGCUCGCGGAUGUGAUCGGGUGAGGGAUUCGGUCGCUCGGCUCGAACCCUAGAGAGGAGUGGGGAAAUGUCGGCGUGGGCGUAGACAAAUUCCGGUCGCUGGUUUACGUUGUUGCUGUCGCUGGUUGUUGUUCCAUUGCCAUCGCUCUGGUCUGGCCCUCUUCCUUUUUGGCUGAUUGCUUGCUUGGUUGCUUGCUUGAUUCUUGUUGCCCCGUCGCCAUCGACGCUUGUCGGCUGGUGUGUGAAGCUCAAGCAUAGAAGAAUCCUCCCCCAUCCUUAACCGACUCGUUUCCGUUCAGUCCGAUCUCUGCGGAAUUCUUGAUGGUUUAGAGGAAUACGGAAUUGCAAACGAGGGCAAAGCUCGAAAGGAGAGAUUUUGCGUCGAUUCGAUCGGAACCGAUUAGCCCCCCCGGGUGGUGGUGAUGAUCGGGGCUGUGCAGCUGGGGGUUCUGGCUGCAUGCGUGGUGCUGUUUGUGCCGAUGGGAAUGGCGGGCUGGCACCUGAGCCGCAACAAGAUGCUGUUCUUCAGCGGGGCCCUCUUCAUCACCCUCGCCGUGGGCGUCCACUUGUCCCCUUACUUCCCGUCGAUCUCCCACUUCCUGAUGUCCCCCUCCGGCACGGUGGUUUUGGGCGACGGCCGCGGUUCUUGUCUCUCUCUCUUGCACGACGUUGUAUGGGAUGUGAAGCCGGCCAGACUUAAGCGACCCGUGAGCUAUGCAGAUGGCUAUAUGAAUGGCAGCAGCAAGAGCUCUGCCUACGACCGUGAGUUGUCGUGGAGCUGGGCAAGAUUGAAUUCCGUCCUCGAAUGUGAUUUUCAGAAACUGCGGUCUUCUGAUGCUUCGGAUCUACUUAAUGGGUCAUGGGUUGUUGUGGCUGGGGACUCGCAAGCACGUUUGGUCGUGCUGUCUCUGUUGGAUUUGGUUUUGGACUCGGAUCAGAUGGAAUCUGUCAGAGGUGAUUUGUUCAAGAGGCACAGCGAUUACAGGAUCAUGAUUUCUGGAAUUGGGUUGAAGUUGGAUUUCAUUUGGGCUCCUUAUGUUUCUAACUUAACCGAUUUGAUGUUAAGGUUCAGGCAAAAUGUGAACUUUCCAGAUGUUCUUAUAAUGGGUUCUGGAUUGUGGCAUAUGCUUCAUGUGAGCAAUGCCUCUGAUUAUGGUGUUUCACUACAGAUGUUGAGUAGUUCUCUUGUAUCAGCAUUACCAUUUUCGCGGGAAUUGGGCAACGAUGGACCUGUAACAGGGUCUGCGCCAAUUAGAUCGCAACAUUUGUUUUGGCUUGGGAUGCCAAAUUUAAUAAACUUGAUGCUAAACACAGAAGAAAAGAGGGAAAAGAUGAAUGACCUAGCUUUCUAUUCAUACAAUAUGGAGCUCCAUAAGAGUAGGAUACUGCGGCAAGCGGGAGGCCAUUUCUUGCUGCUGGACAUUCAUUCAUUAACCCAGAGUUGUGGAUCUCAGUGCACAGAGGAUGGAAUGCAUUAUGAUGGAGCUGUCUAUAAUGCUGCUGUACAGAUUGUCCUCAAUGCACUGCUUAUUGAAUCCAAUCAAAAGCUCUGAAUGAAAAGUUUGGUAUUUUUUGCGUAAGCAAUCCAUAGGCAAAACUGACUGUGAUGAUUUGAACUCUCACAAAGCAGCCAUCUUCCUCCCAAGAAGAGUUUGUACUUUUUUUGUAGUUAGUUUGAUCAUUGCGAUUGCAUUUCUGUUGAUUAACAAUAUGUCAUUGCCAAUCAAGCAAAUAGAAAAGUUAUUAUUCUUUUGUUCCCUUAAUUUUGUAUCUUUAAUUUUGGUGGAGCACUUCACUAUGUUACACUAAGUACUUACUAGUAUUGGCUAUAGUCAUCUUUAAUCGAUUUGGAAUCCUUUUGUCUACAUUUCUGCUGCUACUCUUCCCAUCUUUCAUCAGUAGUCAAUUUGUAUAUGUUAAGAUCACUUGCUGAUAAAUACUUGGUGACAAUUGUUCAACAUGUGGCUUCUGUUACUUGUUUCGACAGAGCCUAUGAAAUGUAUUUAUAUGCAGUUGGUUUGUUCUUCUAUCUUGUUAGCCAUUACAUAACAUUGCUUGAUCGUUUGAGUUUGCUCAUUGAGCAGUGGGACAGCUGUUCUUUAUCUAUGCAUGUACUAUCGUUUGCUUGUAUAGAAAGAUGGCAGUGGGAGGAGCACAUGGGGUAACUGAUCGAUAUGGAUGGUGACUAGCAUAUUGGUAGGAAUAAUCCCAAGGGUGACAGUGAUGAGGAAUUUGCAGAAGCCAAGUUCUCAAGGAGAAGCUAAGGCUAGUCAGGACAGGAUAUAUUACUGCAAGAUGACUAAGAAGCUUUAGAAUGGGGACUUGAUGAAUUCUCAUUCUAUUUGGAGAAUGACACCUUAGGACCAAAGAAAAGGUAAUGUGCAUACCUUUAAAAGGAAGAUUGUUUUCUCAUAGGAGUUUUGCAGAAGCCAAGUUCUCAUGGAGAAGCUAAGGCUAGUUGGGACAGGAUAUAUUACUGCAAGAAGACUCAGAAGCUUUAGAACGGGGAAUUGAUAAAUUCUCAUUCUACUUGGAGAAUGACACCCUUGGCAGCCAAGAAAAGGUCAUGCGCAGACCUUUAAGAGGAAGAUCAUUGACUUGUUUCAGGCACAAAGCACUCGGAGAAGCAUGCAAGGCAAUGCACACAUUACAGUAAUUGAGGACUUGGCUUCUCUAGGAUUGUUGCAGCCACUGCCCAAUUCAUGUGCUGGCCUUCAUGUGCUGGUCUAUUCCCAAGUGCUACUUGGGUGGAAAUUAGCAUGGAAAGUAUUGAUGGCUUGCUGCAGUUUCAUGGGAAGGAUGCUAAUUUUUAAGCCCGCUGAUGCUGAUUUUGUGGUUCUUUCUCAUCCAAAAUCAGCUGUUCAGGUGCCCAGUUUUCCAUGAACUAUGUUCCUAAAAUGCACAGUAUGUGCUUGUUCAUCGUAACUGAAUAGUAAUUCAGUUUUUUGAGUCGCUCUUGGCAGGCAGUUUGCUGGCUAA